CCACGGAAGGCACUCCGUCAGCACACAGUAAAGACCCCUGCGCUGACCUCGGUCUACAGCCGGACUCACUCUUAUUGAACUGCCUUGGAUAGAAGGGCCUUUGCCAAUAGAAGGUGCGGCCCGUGCGGGUGCGUCACAAAUGCCUAUCUGAUCUACCCUGCUCUCGUAUUUUCCUCUACUCAAGUGCCUAUUAUCUAAAGCCCGCUACAAGUGUAUUUCUGUUGCCGAACUGGAUGACAGCAUUCUAAUACACUACAAAAAGUCCAGACGCCCUUGCUGGCGUCGUUACAUAUGGGACGGCAUGGCAAUACAGCCAUCAGAGAACGACCACUUUGUUCCAUCCGGAUUCUUGCGCUGUUGCGAAUAUGCGAUCUGUGCCCUGGAGAACUCUUUGACUGAUGCUGCCGCCUCGUUGCGUAUGUAAUAUCAGCCUCUCCAUUGCCAUGAUUCCGGUGGAGUCAACUACCCUCUCCCGGUCGGGAAGAUCCUCGUUGAGUACCUCUGCGAUGACUCGGGCUAGAAUAUCAACAUGAUCUAUUCAUGUGAUCAAUCAGAAUACGAAAGCCCACAAUGGCGCGGCCAGUCCUAGUACGACUGUGAGCUUUCCAAUUGCGAUCGCGGAUGAGAAAUACUACAAGAGGAUGUCUUCCAAUCUAUUCCUUUC